AUGAGUAAAUUUUUGAUAGCCUUAAUCUUGGGCCCACCGCUUGCCUUCUUUACAACCAAGUACAUUUGGGACACUCUUGCAGAAUGGAUGGUCGAUCUCAUUCAAAUGUGCAUUGAUGCGGUCUAUCACGAUGCCGACAAUGGCAUUCGUGGUGUUUACACUGGAUUUAAGCAUCUCGACAUGCUCGCCACUCUCUAUGUCAGUCUUUUCAAGUUCUCAUUCCGUAUCCCAAUUGGCCGUGCUGUUGAUCAAGUCAUGUUGAGCUUCUGUGGUGUUAUUCUCGCUAUAAUGAAUGUCGAAGGCUCCCGUCGCAACAUUGCAUCUACCCCUUUGUCAUGGACUGUUGUGUGGGCAAUGAUCGGUAACAUGUGUGGUGUCUCUGCCAUUUUCCCCGUCUACGUACCUCUGUAUCUCUACUACUCUCCAGCCCCAACUGGCAAAAAUGUCAGUGGUUAUAUCGUGUCUCCCAACCGUGCCAAUGCUAUCCUGAUCACCGUGUUGAUUGGAUAUUUCGCUCCUACUGCUUAUAUGAUUGCUGGUGUCACACCCGAAACUCACCUUGAGGAGACAUUCAUUGCACUCUGGCAGAUUGGUCCUCUCUGGACAAUACCAAUGUGCCACGCAUUCGAGUACCUUUUCGACAUCAUUAGUCCUAUCACGUCAAAUGAGAAGGACAAGGAUUUAGCCGAACGCAUGGCAAUUGUAGAUAGCAAGAACGCAGUUGAGCGUCUUUACCUCUUCCUCGGUGUCCUUUGUAUCCUUGUUUACUAUGGUACUUAUAUUCAUUUGUCUUGGUCUGGUAUUAAGGUUUGGGAUGCUCUUGUGGAACUUGUCGCUGCUCCUGUCACCCUUCCCACUGGUUUGACUUACUUCCAAGUUGGUGGUUUCUUGGCUUCUUACACAUUCUUCAUGGACCUCUUCUCGACUUUGCUGGGAUGUGUUCUCUGGGGUGUGUUGGAUGAUGGUUAUACGGGAGCUGCAAUUUUGCUGCUGACAAGUCCUAUUGUUGGUCCUAGUGCUGCAACAUGUAUCUAUGCUGCAUAUAGAGAAAAUCGCCUUCUCGACACCAGAAAGCUGGUGAAGAAGACCGAUUAG